AUGGACACUGUUAAAUCAAUUAAUAAAUUAAGGGCUUCGUUUUUGCAUUACUCGUCCGAUGCCGAACAAGCAAAACGAAUAAUUAAACCGUUCCUGGCGAAUCCGCAAGCUGAUGUCGAACUGCCUUCUGAGCUUCAAAAACUGUAUCGCUUGGAAAAUGGCGAAGACUAUUUGACAUCCCUAGAGUCCCCACCGAUAUCAGAGAACUACAUGGCAAAAAUAGAGUCUCUUCAGAAAGCAAGAUUUAACCAAAAAACGCCUGUAACCAGCGACGUCAAUGUCCCAGACGCACCACGCCCGACACCAGUACACACGGAAAACCAUGACCAGAGCACAUAUGACAGUAAAGUGCCCAAGUCUGAUGAGAAAGACACCACAGAACGGCCUCGAAGCACAAGCUCCGCCGCAUCAAAGAGGACAGCCUCUCUAACAACGAUUAGGAAAACAAGUCAGCAAUCAUUGCAACGAAAUGAAAGUUCUGUAACCCCUAGUAGGUCUUGUCCUCCUCAAGAUCCCAAGUUGAAAAAAAAUGCGCUGUUUUCUAGGAUAUUCAAAGGACACACAAACAGCGAUCUGGAGGAGCGAAAAACCAGUUUAACGCGCAGCCAUCCUAAGAGUUCACGAACCAACUCCAGUGGAGCACAAAACACGAAUUUGCGUUUUUACGACAGUGCAUUUGACUACGACGAAACCUUGGAAGACGACGAUGAGGAUGAUGACGAUGACGACGUGGAACAAAACGACGAGUUCUUUCUUGGUGGCCUACCGAAAAGCGACGAUGCCAAGCAAAGCAAGCCUUUGAAAUUGGGCAAUUUGCCGCGCUACGCUCAAAAUGUCCUGUCAUCGUCUGAUGCAAAGAGCAAUUUGCUGCUCAAUGUCAUCGAUCGCAAGGUCGCAUCCUCGGGAGAUGAAGCCGAUACUCGCAAAAGCUCUUCUAGAGAUGACCAAGUCUCCGAGCUGGACUCGUAUAUGGAUGAAAACGACCUCAAAGAGCUUGAUCUGGACGGAGAAAAAUUGGGUGCGUCUCAUGGCGAAGAAAACCAUACAAGCGGACGAAAAGCAUCCACUGCAGGAGCGGUUAAUAAUGGCGAGAUAGACAAAAAUCGUUCAGGAGAUGAAAGCUUUACAUCCUCCGAGCUCUCUUCCUAUGGAAGGUCUUUAUUAGAUUCAGACAUUGAUGAUUUGGACAAUUCAAGCUAUGCUCACAAACAAAUGGCCGAAGGCUCUUUACUGGAAGACUCCAUGAUAGCAGAUGAAAUUCUUCGCUCGGAUUCCAUGCCUGGUCAUUCCGUUCCGCGCUCCCAUGCUUUCAAGUUAAUGGACGAAAGUCAGCAAUCUGCAUUUAUUAGUGAAGAGCCUCCCUUGAAGUUAGGCGAUUACAAGAAAGCUAAUAGUUCGAUUGGCUCAUCUGCUCGAAAUUCUUUUCAGGGUGAAUCCAAUGAAAAGAGGGGAUAUGCUCAGCUACCGAGUCCUUCAAACAGCACCGUAAGGUUGAGUAAAGGUUCCCUACAGGCAAAUGUAGGAGGCGGCCUCAAUGGCGCCGUCAAGAACUGGGCUAGACACAGAAGAACAGCUAGCGACCAUACUAAAAGUCUACGUCCUGCCAAUCCAAACUUUGACCCUUCUGUAUUUACAAAAAUAUCACUUUCAGGCACUGAGCACCAAGGCGCUUCACAAUUGACAAAUAUACUACAAGAGAAAAAGACAAAAGUUUCCAAUUCAAUAGAUUAUUUUGCUUUUGUCUCAGGAAAUCAAGUACCCAACCCGGAAUCGACGACUCUUGACGUUUACAUCCAAGACUCAUUGAAGUAUAAAAAACACCCACUAAUCAUAAAUGUGAGGAAAUCAGCGACCGCUUUUGAAGUCAUCGGAUACAUUUUGUAUCAGUACUUUAGUCAGAUCCAAUCACUCGAGGAUGGAAAUGGUCUGAUUGAAAAAGAAUUGAGAAGUCCGAAUCAAUUUAAGCUCAAGAUUGUAGACGAGGACGGAGAACCUUUCGAAGACAAUUUUGGAACCAUUGACCGACAAAAUAAAAUUGGAAGUAUUUUUGACAACGAGGUCGUCUUGUGCAAAGUUCAAGACGCGCUAGAGUUCAGGCGGAAUGAAGUGGAGACUCCACUACCCUAUGGUGAAGAUGGUAGCACUAGCGAAGAGGCAGUCGACGCCAAGAUUUCCACCGAUGGAACGAUUAAUCAGCUCAGUUACUACAAGCCUAUUUUAAAAACACACACGAAGGAUACUAAGUCUCAAAAUGGUAAAUUGGUGGAUGUCAAGAUUUUCCUUUUCCCCAACUUAAAUCCUGCCUAUAAUUACACAACCAUAAGGGAACCCAUUUCAACUUCUCUAAAGGCUAUUCUUUCACAGUAUUGCACGAUGAAGUCUAUGGACGCGUCAGAUUACACACUAAAGAUUUGCGGAAAACGACUCGUUGUAGACUUAGAAGAUAGCCUUGGGGAAUUAGAUGGCAACUUCGAAUUGGAACUCAUUACAAAGAAAGAAGUGAAAGCUUUAGCUCUGAAAAAAAUGAACAAUGCAACUUUUGGCAAACCAGUUUUGCCUACAAUUCAAAGCGCGGAUCUGACUCCUGUGGCCAUGGACGAUAGGAAUCAUUAUUUGGCAGCUGUAGAUACUCUGAAAGGACCUGAGGGUGCACCAGAUCCUAACGCAAAUUCCAAACAUACUUCGCUUUUGCCAAGCAAAAAGGGAUCCAUAAAAUCUAAGCGCGGGCUUUCGAAGCUAUCGCAAGUCAGCGAUUCGAGCGGCGGAGCAGGUGGUUUUUUCAAACUCAAAAACAAUUCGAAGUCCUCCCUGCGUAAUUCUGGUGCAAGCAAUCGACCUUCGUCUGAGCGCUCAGAGUUGAACCUGGAUACAAGCUACAAGGAUGUUUUUGCAGGCGCCUACUACAAGUACAAAGUUUGGAGGCGGCAGCAAAUUUCAUUUAUAAACAAACACGAGAGAACUCUGGCGAUUGAUGGAGACUAUAUCUAUAUCAUCCCCCCAGAGAAUGGUUUUAAUUGGCACCACGAACAUGCUAAGACUAAAUGCUUCCAUAUGAGCCAGGUGGUCCUGAUUCGGAAAUCAAAACGCAUACCAGAGUAUUUCAAGAUCUUUGUCAAUCGACCUACCGGUUUGAAGCGGUAUUUUUUCGAGGCAACAAGUUCCGCAGAAUGUGUAGAACUGGUGAGUCGAGUACAAAGUCUAUUGUCGGCAUAUAAAAUGAAUCAUAGGGAUACUAACUAG